GAGCGACUGUGAGUGCAGAGAUUAAAGUUCCCUGCUCAUUCAAAGGUCACCAGAGCCAGGACGAACUAAACAAAGUAUGGCGGAAAGUAAAGAAGGGCGGCUGGCGGGGCGGUUGGCUCUUGUGACUGGGGGAGGUGGUGCCAUAGGCCGAGCCGUCUGCAGGGCCUUUGCUCGGGAAGGAGCCAAGGUUGUUGUUGCCGACAUCAACAGCAGCGCCGCCAAGGAGACUUUGUCGGUACUGCAGGGCGAUCCCACAAGCCACCGGGAGUAUGAAGUUGAUGUGUUGUCUUCAGAGGCGGUCCAAGAGAUGUUUAAAGUCGUCUGCAGUGAGUACAAGACCGCACCCAGUAUCGUGGCGCCUAUCGCAGGAGGGACUCCCCUGGGGGUUGGGAAUAUCCUGGACAUGUCGGAAAAGUCCUUCAGCUUCACGAUAGAUCUAAAUCUCAAGGGGACGUUCCUGACCAUGCAAGCCGCUGCAAGGGCGAUGAUUGACAACAAGGUUAACAACGGAUCCAUCAUCACUAUUGCCAGCAGAAUAGCUGAGACGCCAAGAGCAGGGUGGUCCAGCUACAUAGCGGCAAAAGCGGCCGUGCAACAAUUGACCAAAGUAGCCGCAUUAGAACUAACUGCACGUGGCAUCCGAUGUAAUGUUGUUCUUCCGGGACCAGCCAAUACCCCUUUCAUGGACAAGUAUGUGGGAGCUCAAGGCUCACUUCAAAACCACUACACAGCAGCGGGUGGAAGUGGGAUUCCUCUGGGACGUUUUGCUGAGGUAGAUGAAAUAGCCAACGUCUUUACCUUUCUGGCGUCGGAUGAAAGCAGUUAUGUGAGUGGAGCGUCCAUAAAGGUGACAGGUGGGCUUCAGUAGGUCAGACUCAGUACGAGAGACACAGAGGAGUGACGAUGGCACGUCAGACUGUAGGAGCUCAACAUCGGCGACGCAAAUUUCCGUCUCGUAAACUGUCGUCGCCUUUCAGAAAGGUCGUCGCCUUUCGAUGCCAUAUCGGAGCGUGCCAUAUCUUUAUCUUUUUUGUUGUCCAAAAACGUAUAAAACGCACUAUAUAC